UUUCUUUUUCUUUUUGAGGAUGGACAGCGUCACCGUGGGGUCACACUUCCACUGAACGUCUUCAUUUCCCUUCCCACUUUAGAUUUCACCACCCCAUCCUCAGUCCCCUGGAGAGCAGUUUCCAGCUGGAGGCCGACGUCCUGAGUCACCUCCUGAAGGCCCAGGCUCAGGUCUCCGAGUGGAAGUUCCUCCCCUCCUUGGUGAAUUUGCACAGCGCUCACACCAAACUGCAGACUUGGGGCCAGAUCUUUGAAAAGCAGCGGGAGACCAAGAAACAUCUGUUUGGAGGGCAGUCUCAGAAGGCCGUUCAGCCCCCACACCUUUUCCUUUGGCUGAUGAAACUCAAAAACAUGCUCCUUGCCAAAUUUAGCUUCUACUUUCACGAGGCGCUGAGCCGACAAACGACUGCUUCAGAAAUGAAAGCGCUGACUGCAAGAGCCAGCCCCGACCUCUUUGGAAAGAUCUCCAGCUUCAUCAGGAAAUACGACGCUGCCAACGUGUCGUUAAUCUUCGACAACCGAGGUUCUGAGAGCUUUCAGGGUCACGGCUAUCACCACCCCCAUUCCUACAGAGAGGCCCCCAAGGGCGUGGAUCAAUAUCCGGCUGUGGUGUCUCUGCCCAGCGACCGGCCUGUCAUGCACUGGCCCAAUGUCAUCAUGAUCAUGACGGACCGCACAUCCGACCUGAACAGCUUGGAGAAAGUGGUCCACUUCUAUGAUGACAAAGUUCAGAGCACCUACUUCCUCACCCGCCCAGAACCUCACUUUACCAUUGUUGUCAUUUUUGAGUCAAAGAAAUCGGAGAGAGACUCCCACUUUAUUUCUUUCCUUAGUGAGAUCUCACUUGCCCUUAAGAACCCCAAGGUCUUUGCAAGUCUAAAACCUGGAUCCAAAGGUUAGCAGGUGGUUUGUGUGAAAGGUAUUCAAGACUGGGUAUUGUGUUCUUAAUUGCUCUAACGAGCUACAGUGGUCUAUGAUUAGAGGUUCCACCCCACCCCCAC